AUUGGAAUGUUGAAAGUGUCUCCAAAACUCGGCCGAGCACGAAGUCACAAGUCAACAUUAAACGGUAUGUAAAUAAUAAAAAUAAUGGUGUUAAUAUAUAUUAAUUUUGUAUUAAUUUAUGUAUAUAUUAUUAUAUAUAUAUUAUAUAUAUAUAUAUACAAAACAAGUAGCAAAGCAAAGGAGUAGUCUAUGAGAAAAAGGAAUUCUUACUGUUUGACCCUUUUACUGCAUAAUAAUUUUUUUUUUUUAAGUGUUGUGCUUAUCUUAAAUGUGUAAUACAAACAAAACUGCAAAUUUGUGUUUGAUUGUUACUGUUUAGCUAAAACAAAAUUCGCCUUCAGAUAAAAAUGCUUAUUUAUGCAUCAUCAAGAGAAUAGUAAGGGGUAUAACCUAAUAGGGUUCUUAUUUAUUUUGCAAUGCUUACAAGUUCAGAGUAAAUAUUGCAGAAGGACAAAUAUAUCAUAUACUCAAUUAUCAUGCUCAGUGGUAUUUUUAGAGAAUGUUCUGAUUAUAAUGUUUGUAGAAUGCAGACACUUUAGGAAUGCAGAUUCCUAAAGUGUCUGUAUUCUACAAACAUUAUAACAGUCUAUGGUCACAUAAAAUUUUUAUGUUGCCUGAUUGAAAUCAUGUUUUUGUAUUUUCCAAGCUUAAUAUGCCCUUAUAUUUGCCCAAUACCAUAGCUACAUUUAAACCAAAGGUAUGUGUAUUCUUUGCUGUGUACCAGUUAUCCUCACUUGUUCCAGUGUAUAUAUAAGGAAGUAGCGAUGAUAUCAUAUAAUGCUCCUUUGUAUGAAAAUAUGAACUGAUCAGAACAGCAGUUUGUUUAUUUAUUAUUAUUGCCAUUUAUAUAGCGCCAACAUAUUUUGUAGCGCUUUACAAUAUUAUGAGAGGGGAUAUUAACUAUAAAUUUAUCAUGUGUGGACUAAAGCAGGAGCUUCAGGGAUAACAAUCUCAAUAAUUAACUAAAUGAAACAAUCAUGUAUGUACAGAGAGUUGGAAAGAAAGGGGUUAUAUGCCAUGAAAAUUGUCACGUUACAGGACUGAAUGGCUUACUUGUUUUUAAGUAAUGUGUUUUACAAAGGAACAAAAAAAGGCAUAUUUUAUGUCCAGGUUUGUGUGUGUAUGUGUUGUCUCUCACAUAUAUAUAACAAUCGAUUCAUUUUAUUUUGCAGAUAAUUUAUCAUUGAUAAAGCACGCUCUAAUAUAUUAAUCCCAGGAUAAGGAAAAUGGGUUUUCCACUUGUUUUUCUGCUAAUAAUAUCUGCACACAGGUGCAUCGGAUACUCUUGUCCAAAUGAGCUCAAUAGACUUCCAGGUAAAAUUACUGUACUUUCUAUCAUUCACUUUUAGCAUAAAACAUUAUUGCCAAACUGUUUUGCGAUCUGUAUGUUCAAGUUAUUGAGAUCUUAUCUUAUCUGAAUACCUUAUCUGAAUACCUGGGGAAUAUAUCACUCAUUGUGCUGUCUCUUAUUUUAACUAUGCUUUUCAUGCAGAUAACAGUGAUAUUGUAGUAACCUGCGGGCCAACAGAUAUUCUGCUAUCAAUAAACGCCUGCCCAGUGUGGUUUGCUGGCUUUGAGCCACUUGAGUUGGCUCUCAAUGGAAAGCAUAAUCUGUCUCAAUGUCUGGGCACCUUCGAUAACUCUACUGAAAAUCCAGUCAUGAAAUUCUCCCUUCCUGUUGAUGACACCAAUGGAAAUCCAUGUGGCAACCUAAUCGAGGCGAGUACUCUUUGUAUUUCACUAGAAUAUACUUAGUCUAUUGUACUAUCCCCACAACAGUGAAGCAUAAUACCAGUAAGUAGGAUAGUCUUAAACUGUAGUUAUUAUUCAGUCAACCUUUUCUUAAAAUCGGUAAAAUUCCAACAAUACAUGAACUCUGUUUCAUAGAAAGACUUUGACUAAUUAAACUCUUGCUGAGAAUCAAUGAAAUUUUAACAAUGCCUUAUCUUAAUAUGAAUUGUUUUCAUACGAACAAGAACACAACGUCAGAUUAGCAUGAGAAUGUUACUGUGUUAUACCGUUUACUGCUGCGGAAACAAUGCAUUUUAGAGAAGGAUGCAAAGAGAAACAAGAAUACUACAUUAUAUAUAAUCUCGGAAAAACUUAUUGUGUUUGGCCCUAGAUAUAGGGACGCUGUGAGUAAAUUUCCUAUAUCAUUAUUCAUAUGUGAGCCUAUAUCAGGUACCCUUUUCUGAUCAUCAUACAUGUUGGAUGUGUAUAAAAUAUUAAAGCUGUGGGACAUUUUGAUAAAGGACUACGAUUCAUACAAAUAUCACAGCUCCCCUGCUGCCAACUGUGAGCAAUGAAGGGUCUCAAAUCCCCUCAUAGGAAAACCAUGCAAACAUAGAAGAGAGAAUGUGAAAUUGAGAAAAGGGAAGUUAAGAGAUGAAGAGGCCAGAAGAAAAUAAUUAAAAAUAAACACAAAAGAAAAACUAGGCUUAAGUCGAUGAGAAAGAAUAAAGAUAGCUGAGAACUGGUGAGGGGAUAAUGAGUAAGAAAGGUAAAAGAAAGAAUUUAAAAAGAUAAGGGAAAAGAAUGAGAAUAGGGGGAUCCGUGUGCGGAGGCUGUUAAAAUAUUUACUAUAAUAAAGAUUAUUUAAUAUCUUCCUUCGGCAAAACUAUGAGGAAUCCAUCUAUCAUUUUUCUGUUUGAACAGUUGCAACAUACAGGGAGUGCAGAAUUAUUAGGCAAGUUGUAUUUUUGAGGAUUAAUUUUAUUAUUGAACAACAACCAUGUUCUCAAUGAACCCAAAAAACUCAUUAAUAUCAAAGCUGAAUAUUUUUGGAAGUAGUUUUUAGUUUGUUUUUAGUUAUAGCUAUGUUAGGGGGAUAUCUGUGUGUGCAGGUGACUAUUACUGUGCAUAAUUAUUAGGCAACUUAACAAAAACAAAUAUAUACCCAUUUCAAUUAUUUAUUAUUACCAGUGAAACCAAUAUAACAUCUCAACAUUCACAAAUAUACAUUUCUGACAUUCAAAAACAAAACAAAAACAAAUCAGUGACCAAUAUAGCCACCUUUCUUUGCAAGGACACUCAAAAGCCUGCCAUCCAUGGAUUCUGUCAGUGUUUUGAUCUGUUCACCAUCAACAUUGCGUGCAGCAGCAACCACAGCCUCCCAGACACUGUUCAGAGAGGUGUACUGUUUUCCCUCCUUGUAAAUCUCACAUUUGAUGAUGGACCACAGGUUCUCAAUGGGGUUCAGAUCAGGUGAACAAGGAGGCCAUGUCAUUAGAUUUUCUUCUUUUAUACCCUUUCUUGCCAGCCACGCUGUGGAGUACUUGGACGCGUGUGAUGGAGCAUUGUCCUGCAUGAAAAUCAUGUUUUUCUUGAAGGAUGCAGACUUCUUCCUGUACCACUGCUUGAAGAAUGUGUCUUCCAGGAACUGGCAGUAGGACUGGGAGUUGAGCUUGACUCCAUCCUCAACCCGAAAAGGCCCCACAAGCUCAUCUUUGAUGAUACCAGCCCAAACCAGUACUCCACCUCCACCUUGCUGGCGUCUGAGUCGGACUGGAGCUCUCUGCCCUUUACCAAUCCAGCCACGGGCCCAUCCAUCUGGCCCAUCAAGACUCACUCUCAUUUCAUCAGUCCAUAAAACCUUAGAAAAAUCAGUCUUGAGAUAUUUCUUGGCCCUGUCUUGACGUUUCAGCUUGUGUGUCUUGUUCAGUGGUGGUCGUCUUUCAGCCUUUCUUACCUUGGCCAUGUCUCUGAGUAUUGCACACCUUGUGCUUUUGGGCACUCCAGUGAUGUUGCAGCUCUGAAAUAUGGCCAAACUGGUGGCAAGUGGCAUCGUGGCAGCUGCACGCUUGACUUUUCUCAGUUCAUGGGCAGUUAUUUUGCGCCUUGGUUUUUCCACACGCUUCUUGCGACCCUGUUGACUAUUUUGAAUGAAACGCUUGAUUGUUCGAUGAUCACGCUUCAGAAGCUUUGCAAUUUUAAGAGUGCUGCAUCCCUCUGCAAGAUAUCUCACUAUUUUUGACUUUUCUGAGCCUGUCAAGUCCUUCUUUUGACCCAUUUUGCCAAAGGAAAGGAAGUUGCCUAAUAAUUAUGCACACCUGAUAUAGGGUGUUGAUGUCAUUAGACCACACCCCUUCUCAUUACAGAGAUGCACAUCACCUAAUAUGCUUAAUUGGUAGUAGGCUUUCGAGCCUAUACAGCUUGGAGUAAGACAACAUGCAUAAAGAGGAUGAUGUGGUCAAAAUACUCAUUUGCCUAAUAAUUCUGCACUCCCUGUAGACAUAAACAAAAUCAUAAUUUGUAAUGUUAUCUUGAUGUUUUACAUAUAUAUAUAUAUAUAUAUAUAUAUAUAUAUAUGUAAUGUAUAUUGUUUAGAUCUUUAUUACGGAAUCUGUUUCCUGAUACAGAUUAUACAGGGAUCUGGGAGUGGUGCCUUCAGUGACUACUCAAACAUCCAAACUGUGGGCGUCUCUGGAUUUGUGGAUUCUCCAUCACUCUCAGAAAAUGGAAUUGUCACAUAUAGUACAAACCUGUACUAUAACUUUUCCUGCUUUUACCCUCUACAAUACAUAUUAAACAAUACUCAGCUUCUGACGUAAGUAUUGUUACCUAGUCAAAGUCAUAAAUAACACUCAAUACUUUUGUUGGCUGAUCAGUAUCUCAUACGAGUUCAGAUACCGUUGUAUAGAUAUGCAUGCAUGUGAUCUACAUUAACUUGUAAGAAAAAAAUAAAUUUUGUCCCUAAUGAAUUGUGGGAGCUGAACACAAUAGAUACGAUUUGCAGCCAUGUGUUGAAUAUGGUUUAAAUAGCGAUAUUAUUCCUUAUUUUUAUACAGAUCAUUUGGAGCAGUGGCUGUCAAUUCCAACAAUGGCAGUUUCAUUAGUACUCUGAGUAUGCAGCUAUUCACAGUGAGUACUCACACAACUGAUACUUCACAAGGAAGGUGUGAUGCCUUUAUUUGGAAUACAUUCUAAUAAUAUUUAUCAUUUAGUAUUUCUGAAUCUACCUCUAAAUAUAUCAAUAACCUCUGUCUGCCAAGCGCACAGUGCAAAUUCCUUCUUAGGUCUAUUGACAAAGGGCCAGCCCAGUUGGACCCCUAAGUAUAGAUUCUGACAGAAAAUUGCAAUAUUGUUGAUUUAAUAGUAUUUGCAAAUUAAUAAAAUGUGCACUUAGCCAAACUUAAAGAGAUUUCUCACGUUUCAAUCAUAAUUUUGGAUAUCAGUGAACUGAUCCGUGAAGAAUGUUCAGUCAAUCCAACAUUCAUCAAAUAUCUUCACACCUCCCUGGAUAUAACUACAAGAAGGUUCCUUUGACAACCCAAGAGAAUUAAAUCAGUCUGAUAAUGCAGGGAAAUCUCAUUCAGUCAUAGUUGGUGGCAGUAAUAUUCUAAAUUAGCUGAAAUAUUAUUCAAAUUGCUCAGCUCAACCAAACCUCUAAUUUACUCAUGUCCAAUGAGAAUAACUCAACUUGAGCUACUCAGCUGACUGUUCAUUAAAGUGAUCGUAGGCUCAACUCAGGAAAAAUAAUCCUUGAGAUGUUUGUCAGUUAUUUAAGUGAAAUCGCAUAUUUAGUACCUCGAUAGCUGGAGUAGAAACAGAUUAUCUAGAGAAGUUUUCCAGUUUCAUUAUUUGAAUAAUGUGCUAUGUGACACAAUCAAGUCCCUAUUUGUCACACUACGCCUUGAAAUUGACUGUAUUGCUCCAUCACAAAUUGUGUAAUUUUCACUUUUAUUUUCAUUUUUACACUACCAUCCUCCAUCUAUAAAUAUAGAAGUAGAAUAAAAUAAUAUUAAAGGGACACUACAGCUUAUGGUAUUUGUACUGGUGAGUAGAAUCAUUACCUUCAGGCAUUUUGCAGUAAACACUGUCUUUUCAGACAAAAUGCAGUGUUUACAUUACAGCCUUGUGAUAACUUCACUGGCAACUUCUCAGAUGGCUACUAUAGGAGCUUUCUGGGGCAGCCUGCCAUUUAGUGUCUCCUCCCUCUGCAUGGAGACACUGAACUUUCCUCAUAGAAAUGCAUUGAUUGGCCAGGGCUGUGUUUGGCUUAUGCUGUCUCUGCCUCUGAUCUACCACAUUCACAAUCUUAGCCAAUUCUAUGGGAAAGCAUUGUUAUUGGCUCAGAGAAUCAUUUCUGAUGAUGUCAGUAAAGCAGGCAGAUCAGGGAAGAGGCAGCAGCUGCGGACUUGAAUAUAAGUAAGAUUUUACUAUUUUUAUGGAGGCAAGGCUGGGGAUAAGGGGACUAGAGGAUGGUUUUAACACUAUAGGGUGAAGAAUAUAUGUGUGUGCUCCUGUCUCUAUAGUGUUCCUUUAAUAGCAAAUGAUAAUUAUAUAUCUAUUUGUUUUAAGGAUCAAGGGUUCUCCAAGGCACUGGUGUUAGAGGGAAAGGUUUUGCCUUUAAAGCAAACCGUCUAUGUUCAAGUCGCUCUCAACAAUUCAGCAACAAGGUAAAUAUUAAAAUAAUUAUUCAGAGUAUUCUUUGGCGUUCAUCAUAACUAAGGCUCACACCAUGGUGAUGCCUCCAAGCAGUGUGAUUGCAUGUAUUUCAUUUUCCAUAAACCUGUUUAAUUUACAAAAUUUGAAAACGAUGCAACAUCUCAAUCACUUAAAGUUUUUUUAAGACCAGAUUAUAAAGAUGUCAGCAAUGUAAGUGGAAAUUUGUCAUACGUGACACAACUGGCUAUAUAAGUACGUUGAGCAUGAAUUUGGGCCUAUUUUACGAUAAACUGUUCAGCAUACUUUUCAUGGCAAACUAUUUACAGGUGUUAAGAAAAAAGUAUAGUUGAGAACCAGCGUUUAUUUGUUUGAAUUUCAAUAGAUCAAUAUAUAAUUAAUUACAGUAAGCUGCUAUACAUUCAAGUGUUUCCUUACAAUAACACCAUAACAGAAAUACAAAACGAGAAAAGAAUGUAGCGCUUUAAAAAUACAAAUAGAAUAAAUUAAUCACCUGUUUAGGUUCAGAUAAAGAUUUUUCCUUUUUACAUCGAAAUGUGUAUAUAUAUCUACAAAAAGUAAUCAAACAUAGUGUAGAUAAUUUUAAAGCGCUACAUUCUUUUCUCGUUUUGUAUUUACAGGUGUUGCUCUAAGACUAGAAGAAUUGUUUACACCUUUUUAAAUUUCUCUCAAUUAAUGUACUGAUCAUUCAAAUUAGCCAGUUUCUAAUCAUAACCUUGUUCACAAGAUUAGAUUUCAUGUUGCAUUUAUAUGCAAAACAAAAUCUAGAUUGAAAGAACUUCCAUAUUCCUCUGUUUUUGCUCUGGAGUCCAUUCAGCAGAAAAGCAAGUUUGUCUUCCGUUGCUGUACUGUCCCAAUCUUAUUAUCUUUAAAUGGGGCAUAAAGUAAAGGGCUGCGUUUUAGUGACAAAACAGGGAAGGAUAAGGUAAGAGUUCAGGGUAUACCCUAGAGCAGUGGUAGACAGCCUUUAGCACUCCAAAUGUUGUGGAGUACAUCUUCCAUAAUAUUUACAGCCAUAAAGUUAGCAAAGCACCAGUGGCGAUAUUGUCUACAUCCACAAUAUCUGGAGAGGUGAGCAUUGCCUAUCCCUGCUCUAGGACAUACUUGUAGACUGUAAUAACAGCCUGUAGUGUUCAAUAGUGUGCAUAUAUGUGAUUUAGCAACAAAAAAAACUGUGAAUGUAGAAAUCAACAUGGCAUACAGACAUUCAUAUUACAUUAUAUUGCCAUAUUUUGACAUCUGUAUUUCUAAAUGUGCACAUUUUUGUUACAAAAACCCCAAACCCACAUGCCUUUUUCUUCUUUGAUAUCUUUGGCACACCUCUACCUCUUGAACAUGUCAAAAAUGUAAUUCCUCUGCUAAUAUUUUAGAAACUGCAUGAACUGACAUAGGAUUAUUUUUAGGUAUCACUGUGCAGAAAUAUAUGAAUGCAUUUUCAGCUUUGAGUUAAGUUUUUGUGAUAAUUAUUUAAAAAAAAAAAUAAUGAUAAGAAACAUUUUCAAUGUGUGUGGGAGUUAUAUGAUUUGAUAAAAACAGAUAAUUAGUAUAGGUAUACUAAUUAUCUUUAUAUGGAAAACAAAUAUAAACAAUAUUACAAAACUGACAUUAUAUUUUCCUUUUUAGUUUCAAUAUUAUUCUGGACCAGUGCUUUGCUACUCCAUCUCCUAUUGUCACACAGACAGCUCUUCCAAAUGAGAAGUACAGCUUCUUUACAGGGUAAACAUCAAAUGCUAAUUAUUACUCUACCAACAAUUAAAAAUAUUCUAUAAAUCUGACGAUAAAUUCAAACCCUUCUCUUAUUACCAGUUCCAAAGUGCAAGCUAUAUCUGCCGCAGCCAUCACAGUAUAACAUGUAGGCAAUUUGUCACAUUUUUUUCAGCUAAUAUAAAAUUAUAAGCAUUGUAUAGGCCAGGCAUAGGCAACCUUUGGCACUCCAGUUGUUUUGGACUACACCUCCCAUGAUGCUUUGUCAACAUGUGUGUAAGAGCAUUAUGGGGAUGUAGUCCACAACAUCUGGAGUAUAGGCCAUAUGUCAAUUUUUCUUUCAGAUCUAGAUUAAACUUUAUUAUCACUGUGCAGUGUACAUACAAAGACAAUGAAACACAGUUGGCCUUUGAUCAAAAAUAGAGUAGCAAUUAAUAAAACAUAUUAUAAAAUAAAUAAUGUACUCUCAGUGUAAAAUGUACCUAAUGCAGUCCUUACCUAAUGCCAUAAUACACCUAAUAACUAAGAAACAUAAUCCCUCAAUUAUUAAUAUAAAAACUUUAACAGCCUAAUAAUACAUAUAGACAUUACACAAUAUUGCUACCAAUAAAUACCCAUUCAACUAUAGAGCUAUAGGCCCCAAUCCAAACUAGAAACCUCUAUCCAAUAUAAAACAGUCAUACCUUCUCAUAAACAAUUUUUCUUUAUGAAAAAUAGUUGUAUAUGUAUGGAAAUAGUGGAUAUAGAAGGUUACACAGUGUGACGGGGUUCUCUUGUGCAAGAAAUAAAAUAAAAAAUCUGAUUUUAAAUAGAGAAUACAUGAACUUAGAAGGUUCAAAAUGGUUUAAAAAUCUAUGUUACUAUAUUUAUCUGUUCCAACCUUUCUUUUGUAUUUUUAUGGGUAAUUGCAUGAGUCAGGAAUUUCCAAUCAGAACCUGGGUUUAAUUUUGUGAGCAAACUAAAACAACCCUAUUUUUAUUGUAGAUGUGAUGUGAACAACAAGACUAAGGUUAUUUCAAAUGGAGAAAGUAUAACUGCAAGGUUUAGCUUUGAAACAUUCCGCUUCCUGCAGUAUAGUCUUCAAAAAACAUCAUCAAUGUACCUACAUUGUAUCACCAGACUGUGCCAGCCUAACGACUGCCUUGCAUUUCUUCAAGUGAGUAAUUACUGCCAAUCAUAUACUGGAAAAGUACAACCUUGCACUAUGGGGCUGGGGGAGGAAGAGGUAUAAAAGGGGUAAAAAAAAAACUACAGUAAUCUCACAACACACCCAUGGGGUAAAAAUCAGCCGACAACAAUGUUGGACUGCAAAUUCAUAUAUCCAUCCCUGUGAAAACACAGGGUAGAUACCACAGUUACAGUAGAAUAAGUCAGUAUGAUACACUAGGCUCCGAGCACCGGAACGGGUAACCAAACCUUGCCUAAACCUCCGGAAGCCUUGAAUCCACACCGCUUGACUUCUCUAUCCAAAAAUAGAAACACACCCAUACAAACAGAGUAUUCCACAGGGGUUAAACAUCAGUCGGAUCAUAGUCUCUCCUUCUCCACCCAAUUACCGCAAAGAUAUCGCCCUCGUGAUGUCUUGGGGGAGAAGGGGGAGACGCGUGGCAUAAGGGUGAGACAUAUAUGACCUCCGAUUGUAAAGGGGGAAGGAACUAGUGCCUUGGGUGAUUAUUGGGUCAGGCAAGUGUUUGUUGAUCACACUGAAUUUUAACUAGGGAACUACAGGAUAUUCUUAUACUCCAUAAUUGAACCCUUGACUACUGCUACAUUACUAACCACCAAGAGGCUGACACCAACCUCAAUCCAGUGGCCAUAGGGGCAGAGGCAAUUGCCCCCCAGGCCACCCCAAAACCGGCCGCUGCAGGUCCGGUCCUAAUGCUGCAGCUGCCUGAGCGCUCUGUUAAGCGCUCUUCCACUACACACAAACACACUGCAUCACCUACACAAACUGGUAUCCCUAUGCACUACAUACCAUAGGCACACAUAUUAGAUCCUCUACAAUAACACAUAACACAUCCCCUACACACUCCACUCCCUGUGAGCGAACUCAUGGGUGGGUGGAACGUAUAAGUGGACUUAUAAGUGGGCCUUGUGGGCAUACUCACCGUCAGGCCCUGGGGCCCAGACCUUGAGCUGUGUAAAUGGAGCUGCUUCCAAUUAUCCCAGAACAUUGAAUUUUGUGACCACAGUUGCAAACAGCCUCCAGAGAUCCUGUUCUACACCAGACCAGUGGAGCCAAACUGCAGCCCAUCAUCAUCCUCAUCUGGUUGUAAGUAGGCAGUCUAGUAUAUUAUUAGUGACACUAAUCUAUAAUUUACCUCACAUUAAAGGGACACUAUAGUCCCCAGAACGACUGCAGCUUAAUGAAGUGGUUCUGGUGUCUAUAGCCGGUCCCUGCAAGCUUUUUAAUGUAAACACACACUGUGUGCAGCACUGGCGUUAGUUCAUAUGGCAGAUCAUAUGGGUGGGGCAUUGUGAUGUCACAUGGGGGGCGGCAAAUUCAGCUGUUCCCCAUGCAGCCACAGGUGCCGCUGUGCUGGGAGAAUGUGAUUACUCUUCACUUCCUCCCAGCCUGCAGAGCAACUCAUGGGAGAGAGAGAGGAGGAGGCAUGAUUUAAUCUUACAACAAAUCCAGUAAGCAAAUCUUUAUAAAUUUUGGGGGCAUCAGCUCUGUUUCCACAGUUUAUUGGUGUUUACUCUGAUGUCUGUAUUAAUAUUGAGGGAUUUCUAAGUAGUAACAUCAGUGUGUGUCAGCAGGGCCAGCCGUUGGGGUGUGCACGCUGUGCGGUCACGCAGGGUGCCAUCACAACAGAGGCGCCCGGCGGACAACACAGCUCACAAGUUUGGGACAGCAGCAUAUUCAAUUUAAACAAUUCGCUGGUGGUCCACUGGUGCGCACCAGCAGUAGGUGCAGUCAGAUUAUAGCCUCUCCCUCGUGGUUCCGGCGCUCAGUUAGUGAGUCAGAGAACAGGCUCAGAGAUUCUCAGCCUGCGCUCUGACAACAUUGAAAGUCAGAGCCGUGAAGGAGCGGGUAUGGCAAAGAGCUACUGAUUAGCAUAACAUCAAUAUCCGUUAUAAAACCAGGAAAAGGUGGGCAUGGAUGGUGAACUGAUUUGGUGGUGCAAUGGGCCGCUUGACUGGUUUUGCCCCCCAGGCCUAAGGCUGCCAGCCCUCACCUGUUUAGGGGUGUACAUAAGCUGGCUGCAAAAGCCCUCGGGCAACAACUGACCUCCCUUCCCUUUUUGCUGUCCUUUUCUCUCCCUUCAUCUCCCUCUCGGGGGGCCAGGGACAGCUUAUAAUAAGGUCCUAAGUAUCUGAACCAAAUUUUACAUAUUAUUGUUCAUGGUUCUACUUCAUUUGUUGCAUGAACCUUUGUCGUCAGACUACACGUUGGUCAGGAUGGUAACAGAGAGCGCAUACAACAUCAAUAGCUGUGUUUAAUUAAAGUGGAAUGUUCAAAAUCAUAACUACAACAUGUGAUGUAUGGCUACUGUAUAAAUUCUGUAAGGUCACAACUGUAAAAUUUAUAACGGCAAAACAAAAAUAAAGAAAUAAAAAAAACAUUUUAAAGUACAACCUUGCACUUUUGUUUCAGAAACCUCUACAUGUGGUAAACAAUUAAGUACUGAAAAACUAUAAUUGUAUAUUCUCUUAUUUCUAGAUUAUAUGGGAAAGUGAUUGCUAUUCAUACAUACAUAACAUUUUUUUUCAACACAGGGAUGCACUUAUUCUAGAAGGAAAAGAUCAAUUACUUUUGAUGGGAGUACAGAGAAAUCUGUGACUGUUUCUUCGGGACCCAUCUAUACGUCCGGUAAGGAUAAAAUAUUGUCUGUUGUUCUAAAGCGAGAUUGCGCUAAUUUAACUUUUUUCUUCUGAACUUUAUACUUCAUGCUGGUCAUGGAAAAAUCCAGAAAUACACAACAAAUGUUAACAGUUAAUGUAAUACAAUAUAUUAUUGUAUGAAACUCCACAUGGCAUUGCCAAAGUAUAAUAUCUUCUCCUGUAGGUAGUCUCCCAAUCAGGGAAAUUACAGAUGAAUUCUAUAUCAUUAAAGUAACACUAUAGGCACUCAGACCACUUCAUCUUAUUGAAGUGGUCUGGGUGCAGAGUCCCGGUUCCCAUAACCCUGCAAUGUAAAACAUGUUUUAGAGAAACUGUAAUGUUUAUAUUGAAGUGUUGAGACUGCCUCUAGUGGCUGUCUAGCAGCCCAUCAAAAGGCACACGCCACACAUGUGCAUUAGGUUAUCCCAUCGACCGAUUCCAGCGGAGGGGGAGAGCGUCUCGGCACCGAGGGACAUCGGCUCUGGAAUCAGGUAGGUGAAAGAAUGAAAGGAAGGGUUCUUAACACCUUCCAUGGAUGGGGAUGAUGAGCAGAAACCUAAAUAAUGUUCUUAGCGCUGAACAUUUUUUAUAAAUAUGUAUAAAAGACAGAUGAGUCAAUAUCUACAGAGUCCGACCAUAGUGAAUUAAUUAUUGAAUAUUUUAAAAUGAAUGAGGUUUUCAGUUAAACUGACAUCAGAAAAACGGUCUCCUUUAUACAGGGUGAUUGACUGAAGUGAGAAUUCAAACUGAAUUGCAAAUUCGAGGACAAUAUAGUCGAACUGCAAAAUUCUCCAAGUUAUCUAUGCUUAAAGUUCGGCUACUUUGGCAACAAAAACAGAAAACCUGAGACCUCUGAGGAUGGGCAACAGCUUAGAGACACUCAGUAGCUUGCCCUUCAGUAAAUCCUCGCUCAGGUCUCAAAAAUGUAUUUGCUCUCUUGUGCCAUUAUAGAGAGAACCUUUACUAUUUGCAUAUCAGACUGGUCCCACCUAUAAGGACAGUCCAGAACUGAAAUGCCGGCAAGUUCUUCUUUCUGCCUCACUAGCAAAUUGUAGCUGAUCCCCUUCUAGACUUGGCCUCUCAGCUACUCUGGCCUCAAUUUGUAAUUCACUGUGACUUUUAUUGAAUUCUUACUUUAGUGAAUAAACUUGAUGGACUUUGAAACAUUUUACAAACCAUUUUGGAAAGAGUCGUCUUUAUUAGGGGGGCUGGGGGUUGUUAUUUUUCAUGCACCAUGUGCUAUGACUUCUGGGUUUCAGAAGUAGGAUUUUCAGUAACUACAAACUAGGGAAAAUAGUUGAAAAAAAUAUUAUUAAAAUAAAAUGUAAACGUAGUUAUUAAUUCAAUUUUAAAUAAUAACCGAAUGACUCAAUUUAAAUGGUUACCAGGUACGGUGACUACUUUAGUGAUUUGAAGUGGCCAUGGUGCCUGAAGUACGUAUGUGUAGCGUUUAUGAAAUGAUGGACAUACAAAAACAACAUCUGCUAAAAUAAAAAAAAAAAAUAAAACUAAAGAUACUGCUCAGUUGACUCAAAUAGAGACUAUUUAACACUAUAGCUUAGAAAUAAAGUUUAGAUUGGGUACAUUUACCAAAGAUCUAAAAGCAGAUCAGUGGACAGAGACACUUUAAAGAGACCACAGUGAACUGCAUAUUCAGAGUCAAACCCCUCUGCUGCAUAACUCCACCACCAGCAGAGUCAUUGGGGCGUCAUUACUCAGCCUGGAACAAACGUUCCCUGGUGGCAUCAGUGACAUUGGUGGAGGAAGAACUCUAUAGCAUUUGUGAAUAUAAGCCUGCACUUCUAACACUAUUGUGUCACUGUCCCUAGUACUAUAUUGGAAACCUCCCUCCCCCCAACCCAUUCGUGUGCCAUUAAAAUCAAUUUAAAAAAAGAUUUACUCAACUUUUUCCAGCACUAAGGCUCCCUCAGCAUUUCUAACCAUUCAGCCUCCUGCAAGAUCAUCAAGGAGGCGUGCCCUCCACCACAAUGGCCCAAUCCAAUGAUCCUCAUAGAGGCGAGUGCUGCACACGCACAUCCAAGCUUCCCCAUAGGAAAGCAUGUAUUCAGUGCUUUCCUAUGGGCUUCCGUGUCACGUGACCAAUUUUUUACUCGGUCACUGCCGAGAAAGUGCCUAUAGUGAGAUGAAGUCGUCUGGGUGACUCUGGUGUCCCUUUACGUUUUAUGACAUGAUUUGUAGUUGCACUACUAGCAAUCAACUGGUUUGACUAUUUAUCCAGUUUAUGAGCUAGUGAGCAAGCUAAAUUAAUAGAUAUUUUGUUGCAACAAAUAUAGUGUACACAAUCUACCAUAAUCACUGCAUUGCUAAAAAUAGUUUAGGAUAUAAGCAAUCUAUGCAAUGUUAUAGUUAAAAAUAUUUCAAUUCUAAAAACCUCCCUGGAAAAUCUAUUUUCUAUUUUCCAUUUAUUUAUAACAAUAUAUCACAUUUUCCAUUCCACAGAUACAGCAAGUGAUUCUUCCAGCUCAAUAGAAAAUGGUAAGCGUUGCCCGGAAAAGUAUAUGUAUCUAAUUCUAAAAUGAGUAGCACUUUAUAUUGUUGUUGAAUUGUUCUAAUGAUCAGCAUUUCUUCUCUAUUGUUGGAAUUUCUUUCAAGCGUACUGUAUAUUACAUAAGCGUCUUGAUUCAAUGAGAUAUCUGACUGCCAUUCUGGGGUCAAGAAGGAUUUUUUUCUAGUUUGUUGCAAAAUUGGAAGUGCUUCAGACUAGGUUUUUUGCCUCCUUUUGGAUCAACAGCAAAAAUAAAUGUGAGAAAGGCUGAACUUGAUGGAUGCAUGCAGCUAUGUAAUACGGUGACAGCUGUAAAAACUGUAUCCCAGGAGUGUAAUUCUCACUAAAUUCAGUCAACACUAGAAGACAUAUGUCCCAGUGUCACUCUAACAGAAAACAUAAUUCCUUAACCCCAACAUUACCCUACUACACUACCCUAGUCGUAAUCCUAAUCCUAAUCCAAACUCUGAGUCUAUUACACUAACCCAAGCUGAAACACAUCAUGUGAUGGAUAUGUCAGGAUUACUAUUUGAUCCAGCAUGUAAAAUUGUGUCACACAGAGGACUAAGAGGUAACGUAUUACCGGGCCUUAGAAUGGCCGGACUAACGUUCCAAAGAAUAGUCAAGAUACUUGCCAAGGUCAGGGGACACAGAACGGGACACAACGAUAAAGGAAAGCCAGAAGUCAGGGAUACCAGAAUACAGGAAAGUCAAAACAAAGCCAAAGUCAAAAAACAGAAUAUAACGUUUCAGGAAAACACUCUCGGACAACCACUAGGGACACCAUGACAGGGCAAUGAGGAAAGGUAAUCCGCAGCUGGGUGCAGAGACCGCAAGGUGAGGGAGAAUAUGUUACAGUAUAUAUAUAUGAUGCAUAAGGUGACGCUUUUAUAUGGGGAAAAUUAUGCCAUUUGAGAUUAAUGGAGAGGUUUAACAACACGACCAUUUACGCUUUCUAUUUUUAUGCUUUUUUCCAGAAUCACAAAAGCUGUCCGGGACCCUCACUGGACUUAUCGUUGGUCUUGUCCUUGCUGCUGUCAUGGGAACUGCUAUUAUCAUUGGCAGUCUAAAGUUGUAUAACACCUAUCGCAACAAGUCAGCAGCCUAAUGCUGUAUAAAACGCAUCAUGCUAAUUUAGAUGCAUACAAAGCAUAGCAGCACUUUAAAAGGGCAGUAAAAUCAGCAGAUAUUAGAUACACGGGGGAAAGAUGUAUCAAUGUGUUCUUUUCUAAAAUGUGAUGCAAAAAUGUAAAAGGGGGUGGGGUUACCAACAGAAUUUGUUUGGUGG